CUCCGCUGUGGCGUCUCUGCCUCGGGAAGGAGUAACACUCGGGACGGCUCCUGCCGGCAGCGCCCCAAGAAACGGGGUGGGACUCGAGGGUCUUCUGGCCACUGCGAUUCGGGAUCGCGGCGUUCCCGCGCCUUUCGCCGGGGGGCCGUGACAGGUGCUGAGAAGAGCUGCCGGCGUCCUACGAGUUGAAGAAUGGCCGGAGAUGACUAUGAGGAAAUUCUCAAGUACUAUGAAUUACACGGAACAGUCGGCACAGGUGGGUUUGCAAAGGUAAAACUUGCACGACAUCGUCUCACUGGUGAAAAAGUUGCAAUAAAAAUCAUGGACAAGCUUGCUUUACAGGAUGACUUGCCUCGUGUUAAAUUAGAAAUCGAUGCCAUGAAGGACUUGAGUCACCAGCACAUUUGCCGGUUGUAUCAUGUGAUUGAGACACCCAAGAAAAUAUUCAUGGUUUUAGAGUACUGUCCUGGAGGAGAGCUGUUUGAUUACAUAAUUUCGAAGGACCACCUUUCCGAGGAGGAAGCUCGUGUAUUUUUUCGGCAGAUCGUUUCAGCAAUUGCAUAUGUGCACAGUCAGGGAUAUGCCCACAGAGAUCUCAAACCAGAAAAUUUGCUGAUUGACGAGGAACAUAACCUGAAGCUGAUAGACUUCGGACUUUGCGCAAAACCAAAGGGUGGCCUUGAUUACCAUCUGAACACCUGCUGUGGAAGCCUAGCUUAUGCAGCACCAGAGCUGAUCCAGGGCAAAGCAUACAUUGGCUCAGAGGCAGAUAUUUGGAGUAUGGGAGUACUGCUGUAUGCUCUGCUGUGUGGCUUUCUCCCCUUUGAUGAUGAUAAUGUCAUGGCUGUCUACAGGAAGAUCAUGAGAGGAAAAUACAGUACUCCAAACUGGCUCUCUCCUAGCAGUACACUGCUCCUUGACCAAAUGCUGCAGGUCAACCCAAAGAAGCGGAUUACAGUCCAACAUCUAUUAAGUCACCCUUGGCUUAUGCAAGGCUUUUCUGAUACUGUUCAGUGGCAAAGUAAAUACCCACUGGGAGAUCUUGAUGAGGACUGUGUAACAGAGCUUUCUGUCUUUCAUGAGCAGAGCAGGGAGACUAUAUUGCAAUUAAUAAAAGAGUGGAAAUAUGACCACAUGUCAGCAACAUACCUCUUACUUCUAUCCAAGAAGACUCGUGGCAAGCGUGUUCGUUUAAGGUUUCCAUGUCGAACAGAGCAUGCCGGUACCGUGAUGUCGACAGUCCUUGAGCACUCAAGACCUGAUGCCCAACUGGAGGAUACGGAAUUCACACUGUCAACUCCAGUGAGCAGAAAAGUGGCAUCAAAGAAGCAUAAAAACAAAGAGAAUGUUGAGACAGUGUCAGCUUUAAAAAAUGAAACGCCCUUUGCGCUUCCUGCUCCCAAAACUCCUCUUGCAAAGAGUCAGAUUGAGACACAGGUACAAGCCGUUCCCCUUCAGGCACCUGCUUUCAAAGAGAGCCAGUUCACUGCAGUCACUCCAAUUAGGAAACCUGCCAACCCAACAAAUGCAGAUGAAUUGUCAGCAGCUGAGAUUCUUCCUGAAGGAAGGUGUCAGUCAGUGGAAUUAGAUCUCAACCUUGCAGAUGUGGAUAGCAGCCAAAAGAAGAGAAAAGCCAAAAUAUUUGGAAGUCUUGAAAGAGGCCUAGAUAAAGUGAUCACAAUGCUUACACCAAGUAAGAAGAAACGAUGCACUAGAGACUGUCCAAGGAAACUUAAGGCACACUGUAACAUUACUACCACUCAUCUGCUGAAUCCAGAUGAACUGUUGAAUGAAAUAAUCAUUGUUCUUUCAAAGAAGCAUGUGGAAUAUGUUCAGAAGGGUUAUACCCUGAAAUGUCAAACACGGUCAGAUUUUGGUAAAGUAACUAUGGAGUUUGAGUUAGAAGUAUGUCAGCUCACUAAGCCUGAAGCAGUGGGUAUCCGGCGACAACGGCUUAAAGGUGAUGCCUGGGUCUACAAGAGGCUGAUAGAAGACAUCUUAUCUAGCUGCCAAGUGAGGAUCUCUGAAGAACACCACCACCUUUGAACUGUUCUGAAUAGAGAAGGCAUUUGUCAGUCAACUGUCUACAAGGAAUUCAGUGACGCCUUUAAGAUAACUUAAGCACCAGAAAUAAAACUAGAAAUAUGCAGAACAAAGCAAGAACAUCUAAGAGUUGGUUGGGGGGAUUGCUAUCAUAUCUUAAAAACAGAUGCGUAUCUCCUUAUGCUUGUGCCAGGUGUUAUGUGGUGUGUUUAAUUCUGCCUUUAGUUCUGCUACAUCGGAAACCACACCAGGCCAAUCCCAAGGAGCAGCAGCAGGAAGACACACGUUGAAGCCUUUCUCUAUGCAAUGACAUUCAGUAAUACAUAGACAAGUUGACAGUGUACUGAAGCUUUUUCUUAAAUAGGAGUUAGCUGCCAUUUGCUGCAUGUAAACCCCCCAUUACUCCUCCCUAAAUAAAGCCUGAGGCACAUCCACCAAAGGGUUUAGUGGGUGAGAGGGCUGAGCAUUGCUGGAAGCUUGUAUUGAGAUAUGUGAGAUCUGGCUGCUAAUGAAAGCUGUCUGCUUGUUCUCUAUGACCAUUACCUCAGGAACUGGAGGGUUAUUUUGUCUGUAUCAAGAUAGAAACAUUCAUCUAUUUUGUUUCCAAUGCCAGCUUGUCCGGUUGCUGCUUCAUAGACAGGUAAAGGAACAGGAACAUUUAUAGCAGAUUUCAAGGAAAAGAAAUGUUGGGAAGGAAGGAGAGCGAAGAGAGAACUGCUGCUCCUUUAAGUGUUUCUGGUCAGGAACAUUUCAGGUGCAGAAGGGACUAGUAGGAUAUGCGGGACAACAUGAACAAUGACACAAACCCACUAGAGAGAUGGUGAGAGAGGUAGUAAUGAGAGCCAGGGGUGGCUGGUCCCAUUAAUUAAUAAGAGGGUGUGGAAUGUUACCACUUUGGAAAGGUUAUCUAAUCAAGGACCUUGUCAGAUGGGAUACUAAGGAAAAUUCGGGAAAGUCAGAAAUUAAAAUAGAGGGAUGUAAAUCUGACAGGCGUCCUUCAAGAGGAGUAGGACUUUAUGGUUUUGAUUCCCUUCAAUUUGAAAUAUUUUAUGUCUAGUCUGUGACAGAAAGACAACAAAACAACCCUGUCAAUCACAUCUAGUGCAGAGGCUCUGGGGAAACUGCAUUAAAACAGAACUUUUCACUUAGUGAGGCUGGAAUCUUGAAGGUCUAGAGUGUUGAGAGUGGUGGUGCAAUGGUGCCAACUGAUGGAGCAAUGCACAGAGGUCAGCCUGGUGCUGACUAUGCCUUCCCCAACCCAGGUCUGUAACAUAUAUUCCCCAGCAAAUGAGAAACGACCAGCAAGAAAGUGGGAGG